CUAUUGCCCUCUUCUUCCCGUUAAGGCCCGCGGCUACUCACCACCUCUUUGGACACCUGACGCACUGCCAGACGGCGCCUAUUGGGGACACCCGCCCCACCUCACCUACAGGCAACCGGAGCCGGCUCGACAUCAAAAGUCGCCACCUGCCGGCCUCGCUACGUUCAAUGUUCCCCCGUCACUUCACUUCCACAACUACAGAGGCAGGCCUGAAAGGUCUCGUGACUGCAUGAGCGGGACAAAACAUAUCCCCGUGGCUGCGUCUGCUCGAGCCCUUUCUCCCGUCCGCCCUCCUCUCUCCUCCAACAACAACUCCGCCUCCAAAACGAAGAUGCCUUCUCCACGCUCGUCACCCGCCAUACGGCCACAGUCACCUCUCUCUCCGCGCUUCGACACUGCGUCACGAUUUGAGCCGCUGCGUCCUCCAUCGCCACGCAGCAUGAGCACCCGACCCGGCAACACUCAGCGGCGAGUCAACUCACACGGGCUGAAACUACCCUCACUUCCUCGCUUCCAUCCCUCCAACUACUCCUCCCCCCAAAGCAGCGCGCAAACGACUCCCGAUGCGGGUCCGACCUCGCCGCAGAUCCCAGCUCCCCCACGCCUCCAUCAAAGAGUGGUCAGCGACGCACAGAAACAUCUAUUGGCAUACCAACGAGAGACGGUCUCCGCCGCCGCACGGUCGUCAGCCCCAACACACCUCGACGACCCCGAGAGCCCUCGUCUCAUGCCAUUGGGCAGCCCUGGUCCCGUCACCCCUCUCGAACUUGAAAGCGAAGGCGACGACUAUCUUAUGAGUGGAGGGGGGCCCACUCGCGACCAAGCUGUAGAGUCUCAGGAACUCGUAGAGCGGCUCCUGCAUCAGCAAGGCCCUCGGCAAUGGAAUGCACCACCUAGGCAUGCGGGCCGAUGACGGUUCCAGACUCAUUUCACGAUUCAACAUCAUGCACCCGGAAUUCUGAUGAAAGGAUUCGUUGUAUAGCGCCCGCGGUUAUUACCGUGGUGUCGCACGACGCUUGUCGGGGGGGGUUCAUGCGCAUGACGACCCGAGCAUUGUCCAUGAAAAGGGCUGCGUUACGAAUCAGUGCCGGACACUUGAAAUGGCGUUCGUUUUUUUAUUUUUGCAUGUGAUACCAAUAUUGGCGGUCGCUCAAAUCAGGUUUCCCUGAGUUCGUGCUGGGCUUGCCACCCAUGGCAGUUAGAUACGAGAAUGCAUUUCGAGUCGCCGCCUUGCGGGGACUUUGAUCCAACCUCUUAUCCUC